GUUGGUCACUGGCAACAAUGAUGGUGAUGGUGCUGCUGCUGCCCAUUAUCCCGCAUGGCCCAGGGAAGCACUAGAAUCGUGCGCCAGGUUUAACAAAAACGAACGGCGGAUCAGUGAACGGGCAAAGUCGGCUCGAAGGAAGCGCCUUGUUGCCGCUCGCAGCAUCACCCCAGCGGGCUCGCCCUGUCCGAGAGCGACGUAUCGAGCCCCCCGCCUGCAACCCGUUCAAACGUGCCCUCUACGCUUCUCCUGCGAGUAGCAAGUAGAACGGAGGUGGACGAAGACGUUGAUAACCAAGGAAAGAGGCACUCUACAAGAUGGCCUAUAUCUCUAUCUGCAAGGCGCUCUACGACUACGAGGCGCAAGCUUCGGAUGAGCUGCAGCUGACCGAGGACGAGCACAUCUACAUCCUCGAUGCCUCCGACCCCGAAUGGUGGAAGGCAAAGCGUCGCCCGCCGAUCGACCCAUCCUCCGGGCAGCUGCUCCCCUUCCCCGCAGGCGUCGAGGAGGGCCAGGUAGGCCUUGUGCCGGCCAACUAUGUCGAGGAGUCCGAGCCGUUGCGCAUGAGCCGCGCCCUGUACUACUACGAGGCACAGAAUGACGACGAGCUCGCGCUGCAGGAAGACGAACUACUCAGAGUAUAUGAGUACGAAGGAGAGUGGCUGCUUGUCAAGAAGCAGGGGCAUGAUGAGCUUGGGACGGGAGAGGGGAAGCUCGGCUUUGUGCCGGCAAACUAUGUAGAUGAGGUCGCUGCGGUCGAUGGUGGACCAACACGGGUUGAUACCAGUACGGCUGUCGCCCAGGUCCGGGACGACGCUGAGGACGAAGACGAGGAGGAAGACGCUACAGCGGGGGCCAUCUCCACUGCGCCUCCAACGCGCACGAUUGCCGUCAAGAGCGCCGGAACGGGACCGACCGACAAACCGGACGACAUUGACAUGUGGGCCAUUGCUGCUCUAGACUCGAAAAAGAAGAAGAAGAAGGGCACGUUGGGAAUCGGCAACGCAUCCCUCUUCUUUGCCUCGGAAUCCGACAAAACGCCUGUGCAGAAGAUCAGCGUCCUGUCCAUCACCUCUCACUCUGUUGAGAAGGGCAAGACGCUGCACAUGAAGCUCGACGACGACGUCGAUGCAGAGCUGGCGGUCGAGGUCGAAGGAGGGAAGGAGUUGACCUUUGUCGCCAGCAGCAAAGGAGACGCGGAGGCGAUCGCAAAGAAGCUGGAUAGUAGCAAGGCCGUCGCCAGGGAGGCGGCACGUAACCCACCACCUGCCAAAGCUGCAGCAAGCUCGGCGAGCCCGCGCAACCUGAGGAGCCUGCCACCGCCGCCAAACGGAAGCGCAGCGGCGAUGCCUAUGCCCGCCGCGCUGUCCGCCCCUGCAGCUUCGCCAUCAGUCGGGCUUCUGCCUCCACCGACACGCAAAUCAGGCUUGUCUCCUGCUCCACCGGCAGCAUCUCUAGCAGCUGCUGUGCCAGCGCUAGCACCGGGUGAAGAGCAUGCGAUCGCGCUGUACGAUUUUGAAGCGCAAGGCGACGACGAGCUGAGCGUUGCUGAGAACGAGAAGGUCAUCAUCGUUGAGAAGGAGAACGAUGAUUGGUGGAAGGUGCGCAACCAGCAUGGCCAGGAGGGCGUCGUUCCCGCCAGCUAUGUCGAGGCCAUCGCAGGCGAUACUGCUGUCAACGGCUCCGCUGCUGCUGCUGUUUCUGGUGCGGACACCUACGAGGAUGACGAAGCUGCAGUCACGCGAGAGGCCGGGGAGGAGAUGGCUGCAAUUCAAGCUGCUGAAGCGGAGCGUCAAAAGGCGGCACGCAUUGCAGACAUGGAGCGCCGCAAGGCGGAGUUGGUGGAAAAGCGUAGGCGCGAAGAGGCGGAGGCCAAGCGCCGCGAAGCACUCAAGGCGCAGCCUGCUCCCGCCGUCCCUGCCAGCGAGGGGCGCAGCAGAUCCGACCGCGACGCGCGUGAUGGCGGCAACAUCAAGGUCCCUAGCGGCAAGAGCGCACCAGAGCGUCCGAAGGGCGUGUCUUCAGGCCGGGCCAAGCCCUCCGCGAACAACACGCGAAUCUGGCAUGACAAGUCCGGCCAGUUCAAGGUCGACGCCGAGUUCCUUGGUUUCAACAGCGGCAAGAUCCGGCUGCACAAGAUGAACGGCGUGGUGAUCGAGGUGGCCAUCGAGAAGAUGUCGGUGCCGGAUAUCCAGUUUCUCGAGGACAUCACUGGCAAGCGGCUAAUGCCGCACGAUGACGACCUGCCGCUGGAUCGCGCCCCGGAUCGGCGGAGGCGCGAGAGGGAGGCGACGUCCCGCAGCAGCCGCAGCGGCCAAAUCAUCGAUCGGCCGGAUCGCGAGCAGGAUCCCCGGCGCAGCAAACGGGAGGUUGGGUGCGAGCGCGAGCGCGAGAGAGAGGCGCGGCGCAGGCAGGACGGCCGGUCUCGUCGCAAUGUUGACUGGUUUGAAUUCUUUCUCGCUGCCGGCGUCGACAUGGAUGACUGCACGCGCUACGCCGCCGCUUUCGAGCGCGACAAGAUCGACGAGGCCAUCCUGCCGGAACUGGAGGCCUCUACGCUGCGCAGCCUGGGUCUGCGUGAGGGAGACAUCAUCCGCGUCAGGAAGCUGAUCGAUCGCAAGUAUAGCCCCAAAGUGAGCUCGAGCUCAUCGAAAGCCAAGCAGAUCAGGGCCGACGAAGAGCUGGCAAGGCGGAUCCAAGAGGAGGAGCAGAAUGCCCGCCGAGGCAAGACAACGAGCCCCGCUCCGCCUUCGCUCUUCUCUGGUCCUGAUGGCUCGCUGAAAAACAACACGCGCCGAGGCAGGCCGACGCCGAGCAGCAGCAGCCGGCAAACAACCAUCGACUCUGCUUCGCUUGCGGCGGCAUCCGAGUCGCUGCGCAUCAAUAAUGCAUCGCCAAUCCCGCGCAACGCAACCACCAGCCCCGAAAGUGGACGUAAGUCCGCCGCACCCAUCGCAAGCGGCUUUGAUGACGAUGCGUGGACGCCGCGUCCGCCUAGCGCAAAACCAACAACGCCUGCCGCCCCUUCAUCGGCAUCUGAAGCCGUAGUUGCUCCGCCACCCCCGCCGCCACCAGCUUCAGCAGCCGCUGCCCCCGCCCCGGCACCGCCAGCCGUGUCGGCCCCAGUGCCACCUGCGGUGUCUGCAGAGCCGUCCAAGCCCGUUGCAGACCCGAACUCGGCUCUGUUCGACAAAUUGGCGGCCAUGAAACCUGCGGCACCCACCAAUGGCUUCGGCCGACCCGGCGCGGCACCAACGAACAACGCCAUGAUGGGCAGCUUUAACAUGGGUCCUCGCGGGCCUCUUGCGCCUGUCCCCCAGAACCAAGGUCUUCUGCAACCGCUUAUCCCUACACAGGGAACCGGUCAAUUCGUCCCGACAAGGCAAAUGGGCAUGCAGCCGCAGAUGACCGGUUGGGGAGGAGGCAUGCAGCCACAGCUGACCGGUUGGGGUGGCAUGCAACCUCAACAAACCGGCUGGGGCGGUAUGCAUCCGCAGGCGACGGGCUUCAAUGGUAUGCAGCCACAGCCAACAGGAUUCAACGGCAUGGGUGGGGUGGGCAUGCAGUCGAUGGCUACUGGGUUUGGACUGCUGCAGCAGCCGCAAACUCCGUUCGGCAUGCAGAUGCAACCCACCGGCCUUGACAUGCAGCAACAGCCGCAGUCAACAUUUGGCAUGCUGUCAGAGCAGGCGCAAAAGCAUGAGAAGGAAAAGGACAUGACGCCGUCCAACAUUUUUGCCCAGAUGAAAUCGGGCGAAUUCGCAAGAGACGGAAGUAGUGGAGCACAGCCGGCUGACAAAUACGAUGCCUUGCGAGGAUUCCAGACUGGCAGUGUCAUGUAUCCGCAAAACACUGGCUUCUACGGAUGAGCAACUUUUGGCUUCGACAUCAGUGGCAAAUGCGUUUCUGACUAGAAAGAAUGUGAUGUAGUAUACAGAAAAUCACCCGCACAAUGAGGGCAUGCAACCC